AGGACGCCUGCGCGUGACCCCGGCGCGUCCUCUAGGACUUACCCAGAAGGCAGCGCUCGACUCUUAGGUCAAAAUGGCGGGCCGACCUGCAGUUGCAGCAUCAAGCAAGUGGCUGGAUGGUUUCCGGAAGUGGUAUUAUAAUGCAGCGGGCUUCAAUAAACUGGGGUUAAUGCGAGAUGACACAAUGCAUGAAACUGAAGAUGUAAAAGAAGCCAUAAGAAGGCUGCCUGAGAACCUUUAUAAUGACAGAAUGUUUCGAAUUAAGAGAGCCCUAGACCUGUCUAUGAGGCAUCAGAUCUUGCCUAAGGAUCAGUGGACAAAAUAUGAGGAGGACAAAUUCUACCUUGAACCCUAUCUGAAAGAGGUUAUUCGGGAAAGAAAGGAGAGAGAAGCGUGGGCGAAGAAGUGAUCUUGUAGUUAAGAUCUGUGGGUGCGCCUGGUCUCACCCUAUUUUAUGACGUUUCAACCUGAAUCACAACUUAAGAAUCAUUUGCUCUACAUAUGCCUCACUUUAAAUAAAUGUCUAUUGUAACCGUU